CAUACCGUUCGCUCUGGACAAUCGGUAAUGAGAGGUGAUGAUUGUUUCAUAUGUUCCGCGAAAAUAUCUUGGACACCACACGCUAACAGUGGACAGUUUAAAUUGCAACUUACAUGUGCAGACCCAACAUUCACGAGCAACUUACUUAGUAUGCAAAUGAGUAUUCCGGCGCAAAGUAACUUUCUCAAGUAAUCGAUAGAAAUCAAAUUUCAAGAACAUUUGGAGCCGCGUGAAAGUGAAUCUUCGUUUUUAUUGGAAAAGUGAUAUAAGAUAUAAAUAACAGUGCAAUGCCCCGGCUACAUGUGUGGAUAAUUGCUCUUGGGAUCAUCGUGUGCCUUAAGAUUUCCUUCAAUGCAGGAUACGAUGGUGGAUUGAUCUUCUAUGAUCCCGUCACUAAGCAGAAGCUACUACCCCCGAUCGUUACUGCCUCGAAAUACGGGAGUAACUUGCGAAUGCCCUUUAUGGGGCAGCCUUGUACAUGCCAGGGAAAGGAGUGUGGAUGCUGUGUUGGAAUGAAAAUUGAUUUUCUGGAUUUCGAUCAGAGAAUGUGUGCCAAUGUUACCUACAGACCGCGGGACCUUGAAAUGGAACUGGAUAUAAUCCUCAACAGGAAAGCGGUUAUCAUGUAUAAGUUAUCAGCGCAUAAUCCACCUCCGUUUUGUAUACCUGUCCCAUUACCGAUCCCGGUGAAUCUGUGCAUGCAGGUCUACGAUAUACAAACGGUAGGGACGAAUCUUCAUCUAUGCAUGAAAUGGAUCGUGAAAGUUCUUUCGAACGAUAUCUUCAUGUUACACUUUAAUUGCAUUGAGGUUGGGACGGACGGUAUCCACUUGGCGAAGCCGAGCGGAGGCCAAAGUAUGGGGACUUCGAUAGGCGAUGAACAGGUUAAUUCACAUAUCUUCGACCAUGUGAACUUCGAUCGAAGACGGUCGAUACAUUGCAACUCAAGGAAAAGAUGGUUUUAAUCUCUAAUCAUGUGGGCUAAUCGAGUACUUAAUUGUUAUUAAGAAAUUAGAUUUUAUUGAUUAUUUAAUGUUAUUUAUAUCGUUUUUGCCAUUCAUUCAGGCAACGAAAAUAAAUUGAC